AUGGACUGCGAUGACGUCUGCAAGAAGGCACUUGUCAAACCCGCGAGCGCCGCCGUCGCCGGCACAGCGCUGCGCGCGGAGACACCCGCCGCCCAAUCUAUGACAGCACCAGCGGCCUUUAUAGCCAGCCAGCCGAGCCGGCGCGUCCCUCCGCCCCCGCAGCGGCGCAGCCGAGCGGAGCGCACUCAGGCCUCCGCCGCCUCCCCGCCGCCGCCCCCGCUCCUCCCCCACCCCCUGCCCGCGCCUAGCCCUUCCAAAAAACAGCCGCAGCUCCCACCUACCCACCCCAUCGGCGCGCCGGCUGGCGUCAGCGAUAUUAUAACAACCACCCAGCCACCCACGGCCCGGCUAAAUGUACUCGCCAAUUUACUUUCAGGAGUUGUAACGUUUAGUCGCGAGGGCAGGGAGGCGGCGGCGGCGCAGCCCGGCACCUGCCCCCGUGUGGCGGUGCUCUAUCGCGAGCGCGCCGCGACUCCCGGGCCCGGCGGCGGCCACUGGGGGCGGGUGGGGCCGCCAGCUGUGGGCGGAGGGGGCGGGGUGGGGGCGGCCGGGGCAGUGGGAUGGGGCGCGUACUGCGGCGUGCACCCGCGAGACCCGGGCUUCGACCCGCGCAGCGCCGCCGCCGCCGCUACUGCCACUAAAUCAUCGGCGCACCUGCCGCCAGCCGGUAGCCGGCAGCCACGCACGCCCACCUAG